AUGGAGCCCACAUCGACUCAUACGUCCACGUCUGAGCACACCCACGUCGAUUCUCACGAGCUUAACGAGCUGGGCCCCACCCACCCAUCCCCUUCUGUGCAGCCGGAGCAGGCCACAGGCAGGUCGCGCGUGCGCUUCAACAGCUCUGCCAACGUCCAAGUGGAAGCGCCCGUCGAGCACACCCGCAGCAGCUAUGCCCGCCUGGACGAGACCGAGUCCAGCUCCGUGGCAGAACCCCCCACCGACCAGCACGCUGCAGACGCCGAAGAGCUGCUGAGGGCACACAACGCCCGCCUCGCGCAUGCCGCAACGCUCGAAGGGCGGCCUCUGAGUGAAGCCGACUCGGAUGGCGGCUAUGCCGUGACGGGCAACAACAAUGGAGGCAUCUUCUACCAGAUUCUCCAGACGUACAAGAACCCCGUGCCUCCAUUUGCCGAAACGCCCUCUGAACACAGCAACCAAUCGCCACCCCGCCAAUCUGGAUCCGCUUCGGGCGCAACCACGCCAAAGCGGAAAUGGUACAAUGCAAACAAGCCCGUCCAGUCAACCGACACACUGGCUACGCUGGUCGGUGCCUCGGCCAAGCUGGCAAACCCCAAGGACGAGAGCAAAGAGGCUCCCAUGCGCCCGCGCUACCACAAGCGUACGCCCAGCGGUGGGCUCGUUUCAAAGAUGUGGAAGGCCAAAGAAGACCAGGACGCAAAGAUCAAAAUUCACGUCGCCAACAUUCUCAAGCGGCAGCAGUACAUUAUCCGCAUGUGCCGCGCCCUCAUGCUCUUUGGAGCACCCACCCACCGCCUUGAGGAGUAUCUUGCCAUGACGGCCAAGGUCCUGGAGAUUAACAGCCAAUUUCUCUACAUUCCCGGCUGCAUGAUCAUCUCCUUUGACGACAACCUCACCCACACGGCUGAGGUCAAGAUUGUUCGCACCAACCAGGGCGUCAACCUCGCCAAGCUCAAGGACACACAUGAGAUUUACAAAGAGGUGUUGCACGAUGUCAUCAGCUUGGAUGAAGCACUGACCCGCCUCGACAACGUCAUCAACGCGAAGGAUCGCCAUCCCCGUUGGCUGACUGUCAUCAUGUACGGACUGGCUAGCGCGGCUGUUUCCGUCUUCUUUUCGGCACGGUUCAUCGACAUGCCCAUCAUCCUUGCUCUCGGGAUCGUCCUCGGUAUACUCCAGCUGGUCAUUGCGCCGCUGUCCAAGACGUACAGCACCGUGUUUGAGAUCUCGGCCACGAUUCUCAUGAGCUUCCUCGCCCGAGCAUUUGGGAGCAUCAACAAUGGAAGUAUCUUCUGCUUCUCUGCCAUUGCACAGAGUUCCAUUGCUUUGAUUCUGCCUGGGUGGCUAGUGUUGAGCUCUGCCCUUGAGCUUCAAUCGCGCGCCAUUGUGCCCGGUUCGAUUCGGCUCGUUUUCGCCAUCAUCUACUCCCUCUUCCUAGGAUAUGGCAUCACUGUUGGCACGGCUCUUUACGGCGCCAUGGACUCAAACGCCACAGAGUCAACCAAAUGUCAGAACCCACUGAACCCAUACUGGAACUUUCUGUUUGUGCCGCUGUACGUCUUCUUUACGACGUUUACAGUCCAAGCAAAAUACAAGCAAAUGCCCGCCAUGAUUACCAUCGCUUUUGCCGGCUAUCUCGUCAACUUUUACGCUAGCAAAAAAUUCUCGCCUUCUGCCCCGAUCGCAUACACGUUUGGUGCCUUUACCAUUGGCAUCUUGGCCAAUCUGUACAGCCGAUUACGCCAUGGAGUCGCCGCUGCUGUGCUCCUACCCGCCGUCUACGUACAGGUCCCCGGAUCUCUUGCAUCAAGUGGGAGCAUCAACUCGGCUCUGCAGACAGCUUCAGCCCUGAUCAAGGGCUCACAAGGAUCGGUCGAUACUACCACGGACAGCUUGAACGCCAUUGUCUUCAACGUCGCAGCUUCCAUGAUUCAGAUUGCCAUUGGCAUUACCGUUGGCCUUUUCAUGGCGGCGCUCCUUGUCUAUCCCAUGGGCAAACGAAGGAGUGGUCUUUGGACCCUGUAGAGUAUAAUUUCUGUUUGUUCUAGUUUGCAUAGCGAUUUGGCGUUUUGGGGAACCAAAAAUGGGGGAGAUUUGAAAAGUUCUGUGCUAAUCACCAGUAGCUUUGAACACUACCACGUUCAAUCUGGUCGGAAUAUCGUCGCGAUGCGUGGUGUCGAGGUGAAGUGUGAAGGUAAGCCCCAUUGCAGCUCAAGGUCGACUCCAGCGCAACUAUCCGAGCCACUUCGACCGCCUUGCGACAAAACCCCAAUCCCCAGACCCUGCGACAUGGCCAUCUGGUCACUCCCGCGAACCCGGCGUUCCUGCCUCCGGACAUAGCCUUUGAGCCCGCCGAGCCCUUCCCAUUCGCC